CGUCUGUGUCUAUAAAAUAGCGAUAUUGAAUUAUUUCAGUUUUGAAUAGAAGAUUGCAUAUAUUUAAUAUAGUAAAGCUUUUAAAAUGGCUUCGACUAGUGCAGAUUCCCAAUCAUCGAUAGCACAAAAAACUUGGGUUAUGGCUAACAAUAUAGAAGCUGUGUCCAGUGUUGACGACAUUUAUCGUUACGAUAAAAAACAACAACAAGAUAUUUUAGCAGCAAAACCAUGGGAAAAAGACCCACAUUUUUUCAAAGACAUCAAAAUAUCAGCUCUCGCUUUAUUAAAAAUGGUUAUGCAUGCUCGAUCGGGCGGUACUUUAGAAGUAAUGGGACUACUUUUAGGCAAGGUUGAUGCAAAUACAAUGAUAGUGAUGGAUUCGUUUGCGCUGCCCGUGGAGGGUACAGAAACACGAGUAAAUGCACAAGCACAGGCUUACGAGUAUAUGACUGCUUAUAUAGAGGCUGCAAAGCAGGUCGGUAGACAUGAAAAUGCAAUUGGCUGGUACCACAGUCAUCCUGGCUAUGGUUGCUGGCUGUCUGGCAUUGAUGUAUCAACACAGAUGCUUAAUCAAAAUUUCCAAGAACCAUUUGUUGCUAUUGUCAUUGACCCUGUCAGAACUAUUUCAGCUGGAAAAGUUUGCUUGGGUGCUUUCAGAACCUACCCUAAGGGUUACAAACCAGCCAAUGAGGAACCCUCAGAAUACCAAACUAUACCGCUUAAUAAGAUAGAAGACUUUGGAGUUCACUGCAAGCAGUAUUACUCAUUAGAGGUAUCAUACUUCAAGUCAUCUCUGGAUAGGAGGCUGCUGGAUUCUCUUUGGAAUAAAUACUGGGUUAACACAUUGAGCAGUUCUAGUCUGAUCACAAACGCUGAUUACACAACUGGUCAGAUAUUUGAUCUCUCUGACAAACUGGAACAAAGUGAAGUUUGCUUAGGCCGUGGCGGCUUCAUUGUUGCUGGUGCUGACCCACAUGAGAAAAGAACUGAAGACAAAUUAGGAAAGGCAACAAAAGAUGCAUGCAAGACUACAAUAGAAGUUAUUCAUGGACUUAUGGCACAAAUGAUUAAAGACAGACUUUUUAACAGCGUCAGCGGCAGACCGGCACCUGCUAUACCUAUGAUUGAGUGAAGCUAAGCUGUACUUAUUUUAUAGUUACAGUUUAUAUCAAGAUGAUUUACCUAUAUAUAAAUGGAUGUCACUUGUUACUUAAAAACUUCGUAAAUUGUAUAUGUAAUAAUGAAAUAUUUAGAAAA